UUUCAUAACCCUUCCUUAUCAUCUUUCUCUUUCGCCCAUCUUCCUCUCUCUCUCUCUCUCUUAUUUUCUUCCCUUCCUGUUGCUGUUGCUGUUCCUGUUUCUGUACCUGUUGCUGACAUUUCUUGAAGCUUACACUUUUUCCCCACCUUUUUUCUUUUUUUUUUCUCCAAUAAACUUUUCAUUAUCCUCUGUGUUGGCACCAUUUCUUUUUUGUUUUCUCGCAACGCAAUUGAAUCCUCCUCCACAUGGGAAGGCACUCUUGUUGCUAUAAACAGAAGCUAAGGAAAGGACUUUGGUCUCCGGAUGAAGAUGAAAAGCUUCUCAAUUAUAUCACCAAGCAUGGCCAUGGCUGUUGGAGCUCUGUCCCUAAACUCGCUGGUUCCCAUCAAUAUCAUCCCUUUUUCUUUUUCUAUCCAUACUAAUCUCUCUCUCUCUCUCUCUCUCUCUCUCUCUCUCACUUCUCCUCUCCCUUCUUCCUUCCUUCUAGGCCUUCAACGCUGUGGAAAGAGCUGCCGCCUCCGAUGGAUUAACUACCUCAGGCCUGAUUUAAAGAGAGGUCCUUUCUCCCAACAGGAGGAGGACUUGAUCAUUGAGCUUCAUGCCGUGCUUGGAAACAGAUGGUCUCAGAUUGCUGCUCAGCUCCCAGGAAGAACAGACAAUGAAAUAAAGAACUUGUGGAAUUCGUGCAUUAAGAAGAAACUGAGGCAGAAAGGGAUUGACCCCAACACCCAUAAGCCUGUGUGUGUGUCAGCUGAUGUUGACAAUGAGAGUGAGAAUAAUAAGGUCCCGGCCACACCCACCUCUCACAGAAGCAACGACAACAGCUCCGAUGAAGCCACCAACAAUGCAACGGAGACAAUACCUCUCCCAAUCAUCGCCAAUCCACAUAAUUCCAAUUCCCAAAUCUUCUCCCAAACUCCACAGGACUUUUUCCGAUUCCAAACUUCCACAACCAACACACCUUCUGAAAUGGUGGAUUACCUCUCUUUUCAUCACCUCAAUUACGCACCCUCUAGAAUCCCAAAUCCAAAUCCCAAUUCCCUCUGCUUCAACCUCCCCCCGCCGCCAAUCCCGACCAAGCCCCAAGUACCCACCUGGGAGGGAACCACUUUCACCGGCGGUGUCGGCGGAAACAACCACUUCUACGACGCCAGUAACUUCUCCUGGGGGGGGCUCCCCGAUUGCGCUAAAUCAGAGAAACUAAAUCCAACUGCAAUUCCGGAAGACAUCAAAUGGUCGGAGUUUGUGGGGAAUCCAUAUAUGGUCAUGGGGAACGCGGCGGCGGCAGUGCAAAAUCAAGAAUUUCAAUUUCAAACUGAACCAAUGUAUGUAGAGAACAUAAGUAGAGGUACGGCGGCGGAAACAGGGUUUAUAACAGAGGCCGGGUGGCAGAGGCAACAAGCUUCCUCAGAUGCUGUAUAUAACAAACACCUCCAUACUCUUACUGUUUCUUUUGGAAAUACCCUUUAACCUCCUCCUCCUCCUCCUCUACAUACUCCAAUUAUUUGCCUAAACAACAUUCAAGUAAAUGAGUUUUCUUUUUUCUUUUUUUUCAUUUUUCUUGGUUUGAAGCUCCAUGCUUUGUGUUCAUAGAUAUUAUAUAUAUUGUUAAUAGAGAUUGUGUGGAUGAUAGGAUUACUUGGUUUUCA